AUGCAGGGAUCACACUGGCAGAGGAAGAAUCCUGACCACCCGCCGCUGGUGGAGGAGCCAGUGUCCUGGGGCCGAUUCCUACGGGAACCUGUCUUCUAUGGGGGGGGGGGGGGGGGGGUUGACAGCCCCACACUAAUGUGUUGUCUGUCUGUUGGAGGUGCAGUGCAGAUGACCACACGGGGGAGCUGCAGGCCCAGCAGCUCCUCCCUACAAAAGGGCCGCUUCCUGUUGACUGCCCGCCUCUUCCCUUGA